GGGCCGCCACCUGUUCCUUCCAAUCAAUAUUUGCCUUCAUAUCAAAGACCCUCUUUACCUCCGCCAUCACAAGCACCCUCGUUAGAUGAUCUAUCUUUAGCGUUUGACAAUCUUGCGAUGGCAUUAAGGUUGACAGCAGGUCCUCAAGAAAUUGAUGAUUUUCAACGUCGUCAAGAACCUUGGAUAAAAGAGGCAUUGCAUCCAAAUUUGCUUGCGUUACUUCGUUCUGCUUUCCAUUUUAUAGAUGCUAAUGAAAAACAACAAGAAAAAGUUCUUAAAAUUAUAUCUAUAUGGGGUGAUAAACACUACUUUGAUGAUAUUAAAAUUAAUGCUCUGAAGUCUGGUGUUAUGGUUCCUCCUCCGCCUCCCGGUGGUCCACCAUCGGUCACAUUUCCCGGGAUGGCACCUCCAGGGCAUCCCGCUUUUGGGCAUAUUCGUUAUCAAAAUCCUCAGAAUGUUUCACCUUUUUACAAUCAGGGUGCACCGCCCCCACCGAAUAUGUUUCCCGGAGCCCAUUCGCCAGCACAGUCAAUUAUUUCAUCAAGUACUCAUUUGUCUCCACCAGUUGCUCAUGGUCAUUUGAGACCUAACUCUGAACCAGCACCACCUGGUAUCCCUGGUCAGUUUCCUUCCGGUCCUUCACCACCGGACAUGUCAAUGCAAGGAAUAGGACCAAGGCCUAACGUAUCUGUUACACCACCAAUACCCACUGUACCAGAAAAAAAAUAUUAUGAACUACCAGCAGGAUUAAUGGUACCAGCUGUUUCGGAUCCGCCGUAUACACCAAUUCAUGCUGCUUCUAUUAGACUUCCGCCACAUCGACUUCCACCAACAACCGAGUUACUUGAAGCAGUAGAUAAAUUUUAUGAAGGAAUGAAAUUGAUAGAGUAUUAUCAUCGACCAUCUUAUCGGCGUAAGAGAGAUGAUCGUGGACGUCUUAUUCUGAUUCAUCAGGUAGUAGUCGUAGUCGCUCGAGAGGUCGCAAGCGUCAUAGACGUAGUAGUAGAAGUCAUAGUCGCUCAAGAUCAAGCUCUAGGCUACGAGCAAGAACUAAAUCUAGGUCAAUAUCCAGUUCCCGAUCCAGGUCUACAUCUAGGUCAAGAUCAGGAUCCUAUGAACGAAGCCGAAGUAGAAGUCAUAGCCGUGAUCGUGAUAGACAAAAAUCAAGUGAAUAUGGUUCGACGUCACGCAAAAGAUAUCAAAGUAGAUCAUAUUCUAAAUCAAGAUCGAGGACGCCUUCAUAUAACGCGUGACGAAGGCGCGAGGGCAGAUAAAAUGAUAUCUGAUCAUAAUGUCGGAUUCCAAAUGCUUAAAAAACUUGGUUGGGAAGGAGCAGGAACGGGUCUAGGUUCAUCAACGACAGGUAUUGUAGAGCCAAUUAAAGGUGGUGAAGUCAGACUUGGCGAGCAAAAAUACUUGGGUGUAGGACACAACCAAGGCGAUGAGGACGACAUUUUCGACCAAUAUCGUAAAGCGAAAAGUUACACAUAUCAAAGAAGUGAUAUCAAUUCAAAAGAUAAGAAGCCGGCAGGGUGCUUUAGAUGUGGAAAG